GCUGAUUCCGUCGCAAAAAAAGAAGCUCCCGGUCGACCUUCGACGUCAACCUCGACAAGCAAACAAUACCCGAACGCCGUUUGUUGAACCGCGAGACGACAAGUACUCUAUCGCAAUACUCCUUUAUUUGCAUUGGAACGCCCCAGACCAACCACAACUUGCGCGUCUCACACCAUACCUAUAUCGAUACCAUGGCUGAGACGGAUGAGUGGUCGGCCAACGCCACCGAAUCGCUGAACAUCAGCUUGAUCGCACCUGCUACCGGAGCGACAAAGACGAUUGCCACAUUCAACCCCAAGUUUACCUACUCCAUCUUCGGCGAUGAUGAGCGCAUCUUCGGAUACAAGGAUCUGAAGAUCAACCUGCGCUACCGCACAUUCGACAUGCGUCCCAACGUCCAGGUCUUAUACGGCAGGAAGUUUCAGUCCGUUGGAGAGACCGAGGCGGCAGAUGUCGACGCGACUCUGAAAGAGCACCUCCCCCUCGUCGCCUUUCAACCCGCACGCGAGUUCAACACAAGUGCCCAGAGCCAACCCGCCGACUGGACCCCUCCUGGCAGUCUACACUCGAGCUUUGAGGGCGAUGACGGCACGUACGAGGUGUGGAAGGGAAGUCUUGCCGACCCUGCUAUCCGUCAGAUCGUCACCCGAGUCGAGAUCAUGGUCCCAAUGUUCAUUGAGGGAGGCUCGUACGUCUCUCGCGAUCCAGAGAACGAGGAGGACCCGUGGAAGGUCCUCGAGGAUGCCAACCGCUGGACCACGUUCUUUCUGUACAGAAAGCAGAUAUCCCCGGAGACCAGCGACAAGCCUUCGUACACAUUUGUCGGUUACUCAACCGUCUAUAAGUUCUUCUGUUUUAGACCGCCUACGCCACCGUCAUCCGAGUGGGAUCUGCCAAAGGAGGAGUUCAACCUGCUGGAGGAGCUUCCCUGCCGAUCUCGGCUCUCACAGUUCUUGAUCUUGCCGCCUUUCCAGGGCAAAGGCAUUGGCGCCCGUCUCUACAAGACCAUCUUUGAGCACUACUACAAGAACCCGCAGACCCUGGAGUUGACUGUGGAGGACCCCAACGAGGCUUUCGAUGACAUGCGCGACUUGGCUGACAUUACCUUCCUGCGGUCACUGCCGGAAUUCGGCAAGGUCAAGAUCAACACGAGCAUUGCUAUUCCUAGCCCUCCUAGCGGCACCGUACCCAAGGACCUAGUAGACCAGGAGCUUCUCAGAGGUCUUCGUCAAAAGACCAAGAUCGUGGAGCGUCAGUUCAAGCGCCUGAUUGAGAUUCAGACAAUGUCACAGCUUCCCGAGUCUGUCCGGGUAGGAUUCGGCGAUGAGAAGAAGCCGACGCCUACCAAGGAGGAUAAGCACCUGUACCGCCUGUGGCAGCUGUUUGUGAAGCAGCGCCUGUACCGACAGAACGCUGAUGUGCUCGGUCAACUGGACCAGUCCGAGCGGUCAGAGAAGCUCAAUGAGGCCUUGGUCAGCGUCGAGCUCGAGUACGCCAGAAUUCUUGAUUGGCACGCUCGCUGGGUGAAGAACAUGGCUGCUUCUGCCGAGAAUGCCGUCGACUCGGGCAGCAAGCGCAAAUCUGUCGAUGAUGGCGAGGAGCAGGGUGCGGCCAAGAAGGUCAGAGUUGAGAGCGCCUAGCGUGCUGCAUUUACCUUGCUGAUGCCCAAGAGCACGUUGGAAUGGACUGGUUGGGAUAUGGAGUUCAGGGUGGUCUUGGAGUGUAUUUUCUCUAUGUAAUUCUACGCGCUGGCUACGGCGGCUACGGCCCGGGUUGAUACCACAUAAGAAGGUCACGGCUACCUUCACAAUACAAUGGAACGUGAUUGGC